UAAUAACGAGAGACCACCAAUGUUGACCUUUUAUUUUUCUUCUUUCUCCUCCUCAAAAUCAACAAAAACAUUCCAAACUUUUCCCCCAAUUUUGGCCUCGUAAUUCUCUCAUUCAAAUCCGCCAGUGAUCAAUCUUGCCUCAUUCGUUCUUGAUCGAAACCGAUACGAGAACGAGAAGGAAUGCUGGAACCGGGAGUUAUUUGUGUAGAUCUUCUUCAUUAAAAGCUUCUUGGUCCGGACUUCAUCAUGGGGUUCUUGUGUUUUCUGAUGAUUAUCUUCAGACUUGUUGAAAUAGGAGUAAUACUGGAAGGCUGAAGUCGUCUUCGAUAAGAGUAUAGAUGGAAAACCUUCCAGUGGAAGUCAUUGGUAACAUUCUUUCCCAUGUCAGAGCUGCUCGUGAUGUCAUAAUUGCAUCUGCUACUUGCCGGAAAUGGAGGGAAGCCUGCACAAAACAUCUCCAUACCCUUUGUUUCGAUUCUGAUGAUUGGACUGUCUAUAGAGACCUUGAUAAUAGGAGGUUGGAGAUCAUCAUCACUCAGACUAUAUUUCAAACCAGAGGCUUACGGUGCCUUUGGAUUCAUAUGGACAGUAUCCAUGAGUUCACAGCAGCUCCUGUGAUUGCUUGGCUUAUGUAUACUAGAGAAACAUUGCGGACCCUGUCAUAUAAUGUUCGUACAGAGCCAAAUGUGAACAUUUUGGAGAAAUGUGGUCGACAGAAGCUGGAGGUUUUGGAUUUGGACAAUAACUCUAUCACUGGGAUUGAACCGAGCUACCAGAAAUUUACUUCUCUUAGAUCUCUUUCUUUAAGACAUGUGAGUAUAUCGGCUUUGGAUCUCAGCCUCUUGCUAGCUGCCUGCCCAAAAAUAGAGUCGUUGGCACUUGACGAACUGGAAAUAGUGACUUCGGAUUCGCAGUCUACAAUGGAGCUGAGCAGUUCAACUCUGAACCAUGUAUAUGCAAGAAAGUUGAGUGUGGAUAAAAUCAUAUUGGAUGCAGAUAAUCUGGAGAGCUUGCACUUGAAUGCUCUAAAUCUUGACCUCUUUGAGUUAAUUGGGAAGGGUUCUCUAAAGCAUCUCAAGAUUGAUGAUGUUAGCGUAACUCACCUGGAUAUUGGUGAGAGCACAGAUCAUUUGGAUGUCAUAGAUGUCAGUAAUUUUACAAUUAUGUGGCCUAAAUUUUAUCAGAUGAUAUCAAGAUCUUCUAAACUUCAAAGGCUCCGGCUUUGGGGAGUGGUGUUCGAUGAUGAAGAUGAAAUCAUGGAUUCAGAAACAAUCGCUGUUUGUUUUCCUCAGCUCAGACACCUUUCAUUAAGUUAUGAUCUAAGGGAUGGAUUGCAACAUUAUGGCCUUCAAGGAUCAUCAUCAUUGGAGAAUGUGACAAUAUUGGAAUUGGGAUGGACAGUUUUAAGUGAGCACUUUGGGCACUGGGUAUUUGGGAUGAUUGACAGAUGCCCAAAUCUUCAGAAGUUAGUCAUUCACGGUGUUCUUUCAGAAGCAAAAACCCGCGAAGAACGACAGUUGUUGGCUAAUUUCACUUCAUCUCUGGUGUGUCUUAUGAGAAAAUUUACACAAGUUGAUGUGAGAUUUGAAUAUGAGUAAUUUCAUUUGUGGCUGCUCUUGUGGAGGUCAUCCUCUUGAUCAUUUGAAGCUAUAUGAGCAGGGUUUACUUUUAGGAGCUUGGAGGGGGAGCAACUAACUGAUGUUGUAAGAAUUGUGCCCGUGGACUAUGAAGCACCGACACACGAAACUUGGCCCCGAGUCCGUGUCUGACGCGUGUCGGCCGUCGGACGCAGACACGCGUUCGACACGCGUCGGACACGCAGUCAACACCCCCUACAUGCGUCAACGCCCUGACACCCAAACCCUAAUUUCUUCACUUACCCGAGUCCCGACGCCGUCACAAUCCCUUCGUCUCUCUCUCUCGAGAUCGGCUCGUCCUCGUCCGCUCGUCCUCAUCCUCGUCGGCUCGUCGCUGCUAGGGUUAUUGUUCACACCAACCUUCGCUUACUUUUGCGAAGUUCGGAAGAGUAUAUGGAAGGGGAAUCAAGAAUGUGGGAUAUUGGUGGAGAUGUCUUCGACUCAUUUCAAGGUGCCGACAUUUUAGAUGUUGCUGUCCUUUUUCUUGACGAGCCCACAAUGGAGGCUGUUGUGUUUUAGGAGGAUGAAGGAGUUGAAGCCAUAGAACGAUCGCUUUUAUGUUUUAACUUGAAAUUUUUAUUUUUAAGAUACGUUUUUGGUUGUAAUUUUUAUAUUUUUGUAAUGUUAGUAACUUAAUAUUUUGUAGUCAUGGAACUAGUUGCAACUUGAUUUUUAUUCUCUUGUAAUUUUUAUAU